AUGCCAGUUUUAGCCGGAGCUGGCUUGGCGAAUCCGGGCGUGAGUGCAGAAACCUCUCUUCACCCGGCAGUGUCUUUGCUCGAAGCUCCACGCUGCCUUGACCGCAACCACGCUGCAGCUAUGAUUGAAGUGGAUGUCGGAUCUCCUUUGGCCGAGGCAAGGAUGUCCGUCUCAGAGGUGGAAGUUCACCAGGCACAGAAGGCGUGGUCGGAUGCCAUCGUGGACAUCUCAAAGGUGUACCUUGAGAAGGGCGACUAUGUCACCGCCGCCGCCAAAGCCGCCGGUGAGCUCUACGGUUACGGGCACUGUGAUGUUCUCUUCAAGCCGACAAAGGCAAAGGAUGUCCAGUUCCGGCCGAUGGCAUCCCAGGCUAUGUCCUACUUUGUCGGCUGCAAGGCUGUGAAUAAUGGAAUUGCGGAGGACGGUGGUUUUGCCAUCAACGGCGGCAAGGGCUGGUCAAGCGUUGUGUUUGACAACCACCAGAUUGAUUUGAGUGGAAAGGUUGCCAUCGCCAUGGGAAACUAUUACUUCACUAGCGCAGCAGAUGGAAGCAAGACCAAAGUAGAGUACACGUUUGGAUACAAGAAGAACUCCGAUGGAAAGGUUCGCAUCUUCCUCCACCACUCGUCCGUUCCAUUUAGCCCCGACCCAGCUUCAGCAGCCUCAACCGGAGGCGCCACGGCCGUUUCUCAGGAGGAAGUGAGAGCCGCACAGGCAGCUUGGGCCAACGCCAUCAAGACGAUCUCCAAGACCUACUUAGAUGGAGGUGACUAUGUGGCAGUUGCGGGCAAGGCAGCAGGCGAGCUGUACGGGUACGGGCACACGAAGGUGCUCUUCAAGCCAACGAAGGCAAAGGAUGUCCAGUUCCGACCCAUGGCAUCCCAGGCCAUGUCCUACUUUGUGGGCUGCAAGGCUGUUGAUGAUGGAAUCCCAGAAGAUGGUGGCUUUGCCAUCAACGGCGGCAAGGGCUGGUCAGAUGUUGUAUUCGACAACCACCAGAUCGAGUUGAGUGCAGAUACAGCGACGGCAAUGGGGAACUACUAUUUCACGAGUGCAGCAGAUGGAAGCAAGGUCACCGUGGAGUACACAUUUGGCUACAAGAAGAACGCCGAUGGGAAGGUGCGCAUCUUCCUCCACCACUCGUCCGUGCCAUUCAGCCCGCCGGGAACCAUCAAAGCUGCAGCAAUUUCCGAGCAGGAGGUGAGAGCAGCGCAAGCCGCCUGGGCCAAUGCCAUCAAAACGAUCUCCAAAACCUACUUAGAUGGAGGUGACUAUGUGGCAGUUGCGGGCAAGGCAGCAGGCGAGCUGUACGGGUACGGGCACACGAAGGUGCUCUUCAAGCCAACGAAGGCAAAGGAUGUCCAGUUCCGACCCAUGGCGUCCCAGGCCAUGUCCUACUUUGUGGGCUGCAAGGCCGUGGCCGAGGGAAUUCCAGAAGAUGGUGGCUUCGCCAUCAACGGCGGCAAAGGCUGGUCAGACGUUGUAUUCGACAACAACGACAUCGACGUGGAUGGCAACUCAGCCAUUGCAAUGGGGAACUAUUAUUUCACUAGUGCAGCAGAUGGAAGCAAGACCAAGGUGGAGUACACGUUUGGUUACAAGAAGAAUUCAGAUGGAAAUGUGCGAAUCUUCCUCCACCACUCGUCGGUGCCAUUCAGCCCUGGCCCAGCCGCCCCAGCCGCAGCUGCACAAGUCGGGGCCGUUUCCGAGGAGGAGGUGAGAGCUGCACAGGCCGCUUGGGCCAAUGCCAUUAAGACGAUCUCCAAGACCUACUUGAGUGGAGGGGACUAUGUGGCAGCUGCAGGGAAGGCAGCAGGUGAGCUGUACGGUUAUGGCCACACAAAGGUGCUCUUCAAGCCCACGAAGGCCAAGGAUGUCCAGUUCCGGCCCAUGGCGUCCCAGGCCAUGUCCUACUUCGUGGGCUGCAAGGCUGUUGAGGAUGGAAUCCCAGAAGAUGGCGGCUUCGCCAUCAACGGCGGCAAAGGUUGGUCGGAUGUUGUUUUCGACAACCACCAGAUUGUCGCGGAGGGGAGCACUGCCACCGCCAUGGGGAACUACGUCUUCACCAGUGCGGCAGAUGGAAGCAAGACCACUGUGGAGUACACUUUUGGCUACAAGAAGAACGCCGAUGGGAAGGUUCGCAUCUUCCUCCACCACUCGUCGGUGCCAUUCAGCCCUCCGCCCGCUGGCGCUGUCUCCAAGGAGGAUGUGCUGAGUGUUCAGGCAGCUUGGGCCAAUGCCAUCAAGACCAUCUCUAAGACCUACCUUGACAAGGGCGACUUUGUGGCGGUUGCUACCAAAGCAGCUGGCGAGCUGUAUGGCUAUGGUCACUCGAAGGUCCUGUUCAAGCCCACCAAGGCGGCAGAAGCACAGUUCCGUCCAACUGCCGAGGAUGCGAUGUCUUAUUUCGUCGGAAGGAAGUCAGUUGAGAAAGGUCAUUCUGAGGACGCUGGCUUCGCCAUCAACGGCGGCAAGGGCUGGUCAGAUGUCGUGUUCGACAACCACGAGAUCGAUGUGGAAGGCAACAUUGCCCUCGCGAUGGGGAAUUACUAUUUCACUAGCGCAGCAGAUGGAAGCAAGACCAAGGUGGAGUACACUUUUGGCUACAAAAGGAACCCCGACGGCAAGGUGCGCAUCUGCCUCCAUCACUCGUCGGUUCCUUUCACGGCCUAA